CAUUUCUCCUUCAUUUUCCACCAAAAUCUCCAACUCUCUACUUUUGCUUCCACUUCCCUUCACAUCAAAAUCAUCGCAUCCAAAUCUUUUCUAUUCUCUUCAAAAUGCAAAACAAACGACACAACACCAAUAAUGUGGGUCGUAGAGCAUGGAAUCUUUUACGUUUAGCAAUGAUAUGGGCAAGAAAAGGUGGAGUUUUCAAGCGAAGGUUUCUCAUGGAUCUCCGCCUUGUCCCCAAGUUCAUUAAGAGUCUCGGUCACUCCACCCCCCGUGGCCAACUACAUUAUGGCGAUCAUGAGCUUUCUUUCGAUGAAACCCCCGUUUUUCAUGUCAAGAUGCAUCGUCCUGCCUCAUUGCGCUUUCACUUCCCCUGCAUUACUCCCCAAGUGGUUGACUUCAAAUAUGAGUUUGAGGGCAAUGCUGAUGAUGAUGAUGAUGAUGUUAGUGAAGUUUGUAGUUCUGAUGACGAGCGGAGGAGUUUAUCGGGAUAUGACGGUGGAGAGGAACGAGAGGAUGAUGAUGACGACAACGAAGAUGGUGAAGAUCAAAAUGGGAUUGAUUUGAGAGCUGAGAAGUUUAUAGCUGAGUUUUAUGAACAAAUGAAAAUGCAAAGACAGAUUUCAUUUUCGCAGUAUGAUAGAAGUAAUAAUUUGAAUAAAAAAUAAAAAAGUUUUGAUAUAUAUUAUAUGAGUUUUGAGAGUUGUCUUCAUAAAUAUGUAUACGAUAAGAUUCGUUUGAUCAUAAAGUUUUUGGGUUUCUUUCUUCUUUUUUUGCGUUUUGUAAAUAGAGGAAGUUUCCAGUCCAAGAGUUUACUUACCGUUCCUUGAAUAAAAAGAAUUUGUUGAUUCACAUUUACUUA